AUGCACAAUCCCAGAUUAAGACGAAAAGUAGUUAGCAUGGUUGUUGAUGAAAUGAGAAACAUUAAAGCUUACAUACCAAUGAAGGCAUUCAGAUAUAUUGCUAAAAAAAUUCUGGACAAAUUUCCACAAUUCUUUAAGGACGUUGAUGAAGAUGACGUAGAAUUGGGCGAUGGCACGUUUUCUCUAGUAAACCAGUUGUACGAUCAUUUACCGUUAAAUCCAUCGAAAAAUCGUAAAAGUCUAACAGGAUGCUAUAAUUGGGGUCCAAGUACAUCCACUUCCACCACUGAUGAAGAAACUUUAAAAAAUAUUUCUAAAACAACAAAAUAUGGAGAUUGUAACUACACGGAGAUUUUGGAAAAAACUUAUGCCAUCAUAAGAAAUUUUUUAAAUGCAGGCGAUCCAACGAUUUUCGAAAUUAAAAAAGAAUGGCCUAUUUUGUUCUCUUCUAAUUCCAUAUUUUGGCAUUUUCAAAAACUCACAGGGACAAGUAUACAUUUUUUAGACCAAUUAAAGGAAAAGUCAUCAAAAAUCCUUAAAACAAUAAAGUAUGACAAGAAAAAGGAUAUUUUGUAUGAACGCGUUGGUCCAGAACUAGAAAUUCUUGUUAGAUUGUCUGAACAUUUUAAAGAGGAUAUUAAUUUAUUCUAUGUAGAGAAUAAGACAAUCGAUAUUGAGGAAAUUAAAGAUAAGCUUCCCCUAAGCCCAUUUCUCUUAAAAUGUGAAACUACCGGAUUAUACCACGUAUUUAUAGAACGUGAAAUUGUCAACAUGGAAGGCUACAAUAAUCUUUUGAUGGGGUUUAAAGUUGCCUUUGCUAUGUAUUUUAUUUUAAACCCAAGUUACCCAAAAAAGCUUGAAACCACUCUAUAG